AUGGCAUUGACCCUAUCACCAGCCAGCAUACCGUUCGCCCUCGCAGCAGCAGCCAUCGUGUCAGCUGCUCGCCUUGCUCUGCUGCGUCUCUCCCCAGCCUUCCUUGCUGCCACUAAUUCCUCAAACACGCGAGCACUCUCCAACCUUAACGCCACGGACCUCAUCUGGGUGUCGCUCCUCCCAGGCAUCUCCGAGGAGCUGCUCUUUAGAGGGGCGCUCUUGCCGCUGGUGGGGGUGAAUGCAGCGGGGGUGAUAGUAUCGGGGGGCGUCUUUGGACUGCUGCACGUCACGGGCGACCGCAACCUCACCUUUGCUGCCUGGGCUACGAGUGUGGGGUGUGUGUAUGGCGUGCUGGCAGUGGCGACGGCAGCAGCAGCAGCAACGGCAGCAGCAGCAGCAGCAGCAGCAGCAGCAGCAGCAGCAGCAGCAGCAGCAAUAGCAGCAGCAGCAGCAGCAGCGACGGCAGCAGCAGCAGCAAUAGCAGCAGCAGCAGCAGCAGCAGCAGCAGCAGCAACGGCAGCAGCAGCAGCAAUAGCAGAAGCAGCAGCAGCAGCAACGGCAGCAGCAGCAGCAGCAGCAGCAAUAGCAGCAGCAAUAGUUGCAGUGGUUGCAGUAGCAGCAGCAAUAGCAGCACCACUCCCUGGUGACAUGGCCAGUGCCAUGCUCGCUCACUCCCUCGCCAACCUGGUGUCUGCUGGAUGGUGGAAAUGGCAGCAGCAGGAGCAAUAG